UAUUUUUCUUGUUUUAUUUUAUUUCUUUAUUUUCCAUUAUCUUAAGCUAAAAGGAGCAAUCACUUACAGUUUGUUCACUUUGCAAAUAUAGGCUUUUGUAAAAGCAUGGGAAGAGUUAUGUGGAGAAUCUGAUGAAGCUAUCGGCGCACCAACACUUGUUAUACCAGAGCAAAAAACUUUCUUAUUGCAGCCCAUCAAGUUUGAAGGUCCUUGCAACUCAAAUAGUGCUCAUGUUCAGGUAACCUACACACGCCUUUGAAAACACUGGUUCUUUUUUUUUUUUUUUUGAUGAGCUGAAAACACUUAUUUCAACAAUAUGAUUUUUCUUACUUAUUGAAAAACUGAUUAAAUUGUUCUUUUUCUCCUUUCCUGUUGGGUGUGGUGAGCAUAUCCUGGAAAAACUGGUGGCACCCAAAACGUUGGAUGCAUGGAAAGGGUGUGAAUCAUCGGAUUGGCUCCAAUUUUCGAAUCUGGGCAAUCUCUUGGUUGAUGGUAGAAAUCGACGGUCAUGAUUCAUCUUGGUGGACCACUCCCAACCAAUACGACACAUUAUCUUGCAAACUCCUCCAGAUGAAUAAGAAGAAUCGCAAACCACCAGAUGUAUGAAUUAUUUUUCUUUUUCAAUUUAAUUUAAUUUAGUGUAUAUAUAUUUUUUUACUGAAAUUGGGUUUACUAAUUUGAAUGUUACUGCAGGCUUUACUUCCAUGGAUGCGAUCAUCUUAAACUCCAGUGGACUUACUCAUCUAAACAGCGCAAGAGCCCACAUUGCUAUAAGCAAUUGCAACAAUGUGUAUGUCUCUCAUCUCACCAUAACCGCACUUGAAGACAGUCCAAACACUGAUGGCAUUGACAUGUCAAGCUCACACUAUGUCUUUAUUCAACACUCUACCAUUGGAACCCGCGAUGACUGUAUAGCCAUAAACGGUGGCUGCUUCGAUCUCAACAUCGCCAACAUCGUGUGCGGACCAGGCCAUGGAAUUAGCUUGGGAGCAAAUGGGCAACUUGAGAAAGUGGAGAAUGUGUAUGUGAGAGAUUGUAGUUUCAGUGGGACUACAGGAUCAAGACGUGGCAGGGCGAAUCCAGGUAUGCUAGGAACAUAAUGUUUGAGAAGAUCACACUCGAUAGAGCUCAAAAUUCCAUCAUCAUUGACCAGUUUUAUUGUAAUCGUGAUCACAAAUGCAAAACUCAGGCCUCGGCUGUGUCGGUGGAUGAUGUGAAGUACAUUGAUUUUGAAGGAACUUCUGCGAGUGAGGAGGCGAUCAAAUUAGAUUGUGACCAGAAUUCAAGUUGCCACAACAUUAUUAUGGACCGCAUCAAAGUUACCUCUGAUGUUCCUGGUAAGAAGAUUUAUGCCUCUUGCAAUAAUGCUAUUGGAACUUCCAUUGGCACUAUUGUGCCCAAUGUACCUUGCCUCAAGGCAGGGGCAGAACCAACUACUUAUUCGCCAGCUACGCCUCCACAAGCUCUGCCUUUGCCACCUACGCCUCUGCCAUCUCUGCCUUUGCCUGUUACACCUCCGCCAUCUCUGUCUAUGCCGUCAAUAGAUCAGCCAUCUCUGCCUAUGCUGGCUGAGCCUUCAUUAGCUCUAAUUUUGCCAGCUACACCUCCGCCAGCUCCGCACUUGCCAGAUACACCUCCGGCAUCUCCGCCUGUGCUGGCUACACCUCCGCCAUCUCCACCUAUGCCGGCUACGCCUCCUCUAGCUCUAAUUUUGCCAGCUACACCUCCGCCAUUGACGGCUACGUCUCCGCCAUCUUUGCCCAUGCCAGCUACGCCUCUACCGAUUCUGCCUCCCCUAGCUCCACCUUUGCCAAAUAAGCCUCGACCAACUCUGCCUUUGCCAACUACGCCUCCGCUAGCUCGGCCUUUGCGAAAUAGGCCUCGGCCUCUACCUUUGCCAACUAUGCCUUCCCCGGCUCCACCUCUGCCAUUUACACCCUUAGCUUCGCUAGUACCAACUCUGCCUCCCCCAGCUCUGCCAGCAACACCACAAAUGUCCUUUAAAGGGUACUCAGUAAGGCCUAGGGCACCGGUGUGGUACUAGCUGAAGGCUCUCCGAUACUUAAGUAAGUAUGGAGUGAAUAGUAAUCUGGACAGAGUAAUGGCUAAGUAUGCCGAAAGUUCCAGUUACCUCCAUUUUGAGACUUGUGCCUCUUUUAUAAGUCUUGAGAGGUGUGCAUGUUAUUUAGAAUUUCGAGGUGGGACUGUAGACAUUCAUUGUGGGCAUUCCACGUGUCCAAAGGAUGCUUUGGGGUCUGGCCUUGCGCUCGGCAGUCAGGGGUGCCAGAUGAUUCCUUAUCGAUUCCUACUUUUGUCUACGUGUCGUUCCUCCAUUGGUUCGUUAAUUGUGGUACAAACAUGGAUCACUUUUUACUACUUGUAAACAUAGAAUAAAUUGGCUUUUUGGUCAAAAUAUAUAGAAUAAAUUGACCAUGAAUUUGUUGCAAAAACUUUAAUUUGAUAAAUGCUAGUAAAACAAAUAUCUUUUUACUUCUUGUAAUCACCAACAAUUAUAUAACUUCUAAAAUUACUAUAACAAAAAACUAUUAUAGACCUAUCUAGGAAUUUCAUCCAAAAAAGAUGGCUCCGAA